GCUCCAUCUGGCCAAUGGAAUCCCACCACAACAAACUUAACGAACACCAUUUCCCACCGGAGCAUUGUUCGCUCACCGAUCAACCUCAAUUGUCCGCUUCACCGGUGCCCGAACUCUCGUCUGAGAAUGCCCCCUCCGCCGUCAAUUCAUUACGCCGUCGGACCUCUGCUCGCCGCAGUAACGAAGAGAAUACAGAGGUGUCGACCAUGACUACCGCGGAGAUUAACUCGGACGGCGAAUUGGGCGUAUCGUAUGUCAUAAGAAAGUUGUUGGGGGUUUGGGAAGUUGUAAUUGCCAUGGUCGGUCCAGCGGUAUCUGCACGAGUUGAGGAUUGCAAGUAUCUUUGGAAGGUUGGACACCGCUUUGCGUGGGGUUUGAUAUGGUCGGCCUCUGUUUAUAUCAUUUUAUGUGCCCUCUUGGUUUCCGCUCUUAUAUUUAGUGCGUUUCUUAUGAGGUUCAUAGUUCAGGAGCCUGUGAAGAUCAAAGAAGUAAUAAACUUCGACUACACCAAACACAGCCCCGAGGCUCUUGUGCCAAUCUUGCCUGAUUCAAAUCAUUCUCCACAGCCUACCGGGAAGACCCAGUUGCGGGCUGUUCCCCUGCAUCAUCAAUUUCAUGUCAUUGUCUCACUAACAUUGCCAGAGUCUGAAUACAAUCGAAAUCUUGGGGUCUUCCAGGUAAGAGUUGACUCUCUUUCUGCUAGCGGUGACAUUCUUGCAACCUCGAGGCAUCCAUGCAUGUUACAGUUUAAAAGUGAACCCCUUCGCCUUUUGCUGACUAUCCUGAAGCUUGCGCCUCUUGUUAUUGGGUAUGUAUCAGAGUCACAGACUCUGAACCUUGAGCUUAAAGGUUUCACCCAAGGAGAUAUACCGACUGCCUGUCUAAGGGUUACAAUUGAACAGCGAGCAGAGUUCAAUGAUCGUGGUGCUGGCAUACCCGAAAUAUAUGAUGCAUCCAUAUUCAUUGAAUUCGAGCUUCCCCCGUUUAAAAGGAUUGUAUGGUGGUGGAGGAAGAUUAUCUAUGUAUGGGUUAGCAUGGUAUCGUUUAUGAUGCUGUUGCUUUUUACGCUGCUCUGUUUUAGUCCGAGAAGCCUUCCUGGAAUAUGGGAUGGAUCUGCUGAUGCAAGCUCCACCAGCAACCACAUCUCGGUACAAGAUUAGAUUAGAACAGCCCCCACUUAUCCAAAUGUUUGGUUGCUGAUGCA